GGAAAUCGGCCGGAGGUGGUAGACGAGGUGCUUGGAGCAGAAUCAGGUCCUCCGUAGAUUCAAAAUGAAGACGAUUGUCUCCACAAAAUUACAUCCAAAUCGAAGGCCAGCAGGGGAGGAGUAAAGAGGACGGCAGUGCACUCGGAAUUCUCGACGCUAUUCUCAAAUUUCUGUUACUUUUUAGCGUUUUUCCGUUCGAAAUCAUCUUUUUCGCAAUUCACAUCCGUGAAUCCCGUUGAAGAAGCUCAGACACCUAUUCUUGGAGUCAAGACAACGGCAGUGCACUUCGAGUUUUCACUCCCUUUUCUGCUUCCACAAUCAUGGACUUAUCUCAGAACCAGUUGCCUAAAAAUAUGGCAGUCUUUUCUUAUGAGUUGAUUGGUGCUCGUCUCUAUAAAUCUAUGAAACUUGAGCUUCAACAUGCAAUAUCCCUUGGCUCUUCAUGGCAUCGGGUCUCAAAGGGCCUUGGAACUGUUCGAUUUGGAAUUUACCAGAGAAAGCUGCCUAAAUAUAAGCUGCAAUGACAGGAAAACAAUGAUAGUAACUUUCAAGGUUUUUUAACCUAGCUCUCUAUUUGAUUAAAACCCUUUUGUCAUUCUAUCUUUAGAAGUUGAAGUGUGUUCAUCAAUAAAAUUUAGGUUAUAAG